AAAGUAUGCCAGUUAAUUUUUAAAAAGAGAGGUCCAACAUCUCUCUUUCUCUCUCAUUAACCUUUAAUGACAAUCCUAUUAUCCAAAAGCUCAAAAAGUAGCGAGCUUAAACUACAACGCGUUAAAGAACUUUGGCAUCGUUCCAAAAACGCAUUGGACGCGAACCAUUGUAAGACCGCCAUUAACACUCUAGAUGCUGUCAUUGGCGAAAUUGAACAAAAUGUACUAGCAAUCGCUUUGCUACAAAAAGCAAAAGUGCUUGCCACGCAAGAGUCAUUUGAAAAUGCAAUUACUGCUCUCUACAGAGUGAUGAAACUGGCUCCGGAACUCGCUGAAGGGUAUCUUCUCGCUGGACAACUUUUGCAAACGAUCGAUCGACGCGACGUGGCCCUGCGAAUCUACAACAAAGGAGUCAGUGCACUAUCACUAGCAUCAUCGUCGUCUGACAACAACAACAGCAACAACGUCAACGGUAAACAGCCAUUUCCAGAGCAUCUUGACCUUGUCCAAGCGAAAAAUGCAUUGGAACAAGAGAUAGAACACGAGAAUACAAUGGUGUGGAAGCUCCCGAUGGAGCUACUGAGCCGCAUAUUCAUCAAAGGCCUCACGUAUAAAGACCGCUUACAGUGCUCGUUCACAUGCCGUGCGUGGGAAAGCAUCAUUUUGGACGUAUUGCCGCGAGCCAGCCCUAAAGUUAUCCUUAGCAGCAUGCCAAAGCAAUCGAUGAACCGACUGUUGACAACUCUUUUGAACAGCGAUGUCGACGCGGCACUCGCUACUGCUGUCGCUCCAACGGGUGACACAGAGCAAUCGAGGCGGCGACGCAUGUACAAGAUCUCAAUCAGUUCUGCUAUCGCGCCCAAAUCGCUGCGAAAUAUUCUAAUGGCUCUGGUGAAUGAGCAAUGGAAAGAUCGUAUCGAGACACUUGAAGUCUUGGCCGGUAUGGAUGGCGUCGGACCCUACAUCAAGCAAUCAUUCAACAUGCUGCUGAUGCAAAACCGAGACAGCCUGCGAAAGGUUACUUUAUGCGGCAUCCGGGAUACCCAAGCUAUCAGGGAUGUGCUGCAGAGAAACUUAAAUCUAGAGCAUCUGAUAGCAGCAGCACACCAUACCCUAUUGCCAGACAACAUCAUAGAAGAACAAGACAAGGAGCUUGACGAUGCCAUGCCACGGCAAACAUUUUCUGGCAAAAAGAUUGGCGACAGCGAUGACUCUUGGAUGACAAAGAUCGCAUACGGCAGGAACAAGAUCCUCGCGCAUGCACAGAAUCUGAGGCUGCACGUCAUUACUAGGGCCGACAAUCCGGCUCACAGGGCAGAGGAGAUUCACAGAAGCGAAUUAGGACCCCAUUUGCCACAGUGUCAACCCAUCAUGGGGCAAUACAAUCUGAAGCGAUUGGAGCUGGUUGGGAUAGAGAUUUAUUACUUUCUCACACCGACCUUUUGGGAACAAUUACCAAAGUUAGAGCAUGUCGCUAUCAAGGAUCCAAUUGAUCUGCCCGCGGACUACUUGAAAUUGGCACACAUCCUCUGGAAGAACUGUCCAAAGUUGAAAACCUUUCGAUACGGGGAUGGAUGGGAGGCACCCUUAAGCGAAGAGGAACAACGACGAGGACGACGAGGACGACGACGAAAACAACAGCAGCAACAAGAAGAAGAAAAAGACGGCCUUAUUGAACUCUUUGUACGCUUACGGGCUGACAGUAAAGACGACAAUAGCGAUGGCCGUUCUCUCAUACAUGGCAUGCUCACGUCGCACAGCAGCACAUUAACAGUCUUGGUUCUUGAGCUGCAAGUUCUGAGCAGCAACGACGGCAUCGAUGCAUUGGUACGCAUUUCAUUCCCGUGUCUUCGAGAACUGCAAAUCCAUAAUCGAUGGCGUAAACAUGGGCUUGAUCAAGCCAUAACAGAAACCCAUGUGACAACGCUUGGUGGAAACUGCCCGAUACUUGACCGGAUCGUUAUCAACAACGUGUAUAUGUCAAUGGAAGCGCUCUAUGCAUUAGGAAAUAGACAACCCCCAUUGCACUGUAUACAUCUGAGAUUGCCUGCCGAUAACGCGAGAUUCCACGCUGCUUUUGAUGGUCAGCGUUUCCGUCGCCACAGGAACAACAACCGCAACGGCAUCAAUAAUGCAGUCAACAACAACAACAACGAAAGAAGAACAGAAAUUACAUUCAACCAUGUUGUUCAGCGCAGCAUGACAAUGAUCACUGAAGCGUGUUUUUCUGGCGAGUAUCUAAACGACGCAGAUCUUCAUACACUGACUACCUGCAACCACAAUUGCUUGUCUACGAUCCGGUUUGUUGCAUGCGAAUUCAUCACUGCUGACGGUAUUACUGCCGCGUUAUCUCAAGCAAAGUCUCUUUGCCAUAUUACCUUUGCGCAAAUGCCAAAACUCUUGCGUGAAACGAUGAUUGCCGACCUUAGUGUAGAGCUUCCGUACCUGGAGGACUUGACCUUUAUAGGAUUCAAACCCAACUUGAUGUAUCUGCAAGCCAUCACAAUGAAAGCCUUGAAGAAUGCGGUGCAGACGAUUGCAGCAAAUAGAAAGUCUGCGAUCCCGCUGUCGAUUUAUUUUUUGCCUGAUUUGGCCGUAAAGGAAACGCUGUUGGUCGAAUGUUUAUUAGCACCACCGGAUCAUCAACAACAACGUUGUCAGGCAUGGAUAAAGUCAAGCACGAUUCAGGACAUCAGUAUGGCACGACCCAUUGUAGAUUAUAUCUAAAAUGGCAGUGUACUAGCUGUAUUUUCAACAAUCCCAAUUCAUACAAAAAAAAAAGCUGUAUUUUCAAGUGGUAGUGCUUAGUAGUGUUCUUUGACCAAAAAAAAAAUAAAGGC